AUGACUGUAGAAUGUCAGGUGUUCCCUGGCCGCAGCGCUGUGGGAAAACUGACCUCUGCCAGGCUUAUAUUUGGCACCCUUUACCCUGCAUAUUAUUCCUACAAGGCCGUGAAAUCAAAGGACAUUAAAGAAUAUGUCAAAUGGAUGAUGUACUGGAUUAUAUUUGCACUUUUCACCACGGCAGAGACAUUCACCGACAUCUUCCUGUGCUGGUUUCCAUUCUAUUAUGAACUAAAAAUAGCCUUUGUAGCCUGGCUGCUAUCUCCCUACACAAAAGGCUCCAGCCUCCUCUACAGGAAGUUUGUACAUCCCACGCUGUCUUCAAAAGAAAAGGAGAUCGACGAUUGCCUGGUCCAAGCAAAAGACCGGAGUUAUGAUGCCCUUGUGCACUUCGGGAAGCGAGGCUUGAACGUGGCAGCCACAGCUGCGGUGAUGGCUGCCUCCAAGGGACAGGGUGCCUUAUCGGAGAGGCUCCGGAGCUUCAGCAUGCAGGACCUCACCACCAUCAGGGGAGACGGAGCCCCUGCUCCCUCGGGCCCCCCACCCGCGGGGCCUGGGCGGGCCGGCGGUAAGCACGGCCAGCCCAAGAUGUCCAGGAGUGCUUCCGAGAGCGCUGGCAGCUCAGGCACCGCCUAGACUCCUUCGAUCUCGCUUCAGGAAGAAAAGUACCUCAUCGUCAGCCACUGAAACCACAUGAGCGAGAUGAGCCAGCAGCACCGGAUACACAGAAUGUUCCUUCUCUGCCUUAAAGAGCUCUUCACUAAUAACACACGUUCUGCAAGCUGGUGUGCUUUGAGUGUGCAGCCUCAGACAUGGCCUUUUCUCUCCCCGCUCUCCCACUUUUAGGAUAUUGUUCUCGCCUUUUUAUUUUGCUGGUAAGAGGCUAACAGGAAGGUGGGAGGGGGUGACCUUGUCUUCUGAGGUUAGUAAUUUUCUGCAAUUGGGUUGUCAUUACAGACAGCCGUGUGUUUAGAAAUAUAAGAGAACUCCCCCCCACCCCGCUCUGAGAUGUACAUUUGUAAUUUAUUUGUUGCAUACUUCAUUUUUAGUCCUGUAAAUGCAAACAAAGCCAUUUUUUUAAAACUUUUUUUGUUUUUUGUUCUUGGUACUAAUACUUUGGACUACAGUGUACAUAUUUAUGGCUUUUGGCUUCAUGUAAUGAACUCGCAAGGGCUGCCUGAGGUUCUGAUAAUGUACGAAAACGGCAAAAACAAGACGUGUAAACCAUGUUUUUGAUUCUAGAGAAUGUCUUAGAUUGUGCUUGGGAAGCUGCCAAAUACAGCUCCCUGCAGGACGACAGUCCCAUGUGCUCAGACAGCUGAUCAGCCUAUAUGUUGGGAGGUUUAGAAUGAAGAGAGGAGCACAAAGGUCAGGGACACAGCCUAGCGUAAGAGGAGAGUCUCGGAAGCUCGUCUUCCUCUUGGAUUCAGGGCGAGGAGCUUCUGAACCCUUUCGGGGGAUUUGCCAUUUGCCUCAGGCAGGUGGCUCACCCCUGGGAAAACUUCCUGGGCAUGUGGACUCGGAGCUGUUGCGAGGAAUCGUUUUGAACGUUUCAAAAGUUCCCGACGCGUCACCGUUUCUCCUCCACAGUAACCUGUGCUGUGACCAGCUUCCCUGGGUAGCGGAGCUUAUCGCCUGAGCGCCUUUAGAGAUUACAGCAAAAGCCAACCAACCGACCAAGCUGAUGUGAAGCCUAGAGCUGUGCUUUGUAUCAGAUGUGCUGUAAAAUAUGAGGCACCAGUGUAACCACCAAAACGCUAGCUUCUAGAAAGGUCCUAGAGGUUGAGAUCUUUAUGGAUAUGACUUGCUGCUCAGGUCCGCGGGCAGCUGUGGCUCACUCUUCUGUUCCCCCUCUGGCUUGUGCAGAAUGUGAGCGAGAGGGAAGUCACACACCCACGGGCACCCCAGGUCUUAAUGAGCAUUUUAUAUGAGCCCAGAUGGCUUAGGAGAAAAAAGCACUACCCAAGAAGACUCCCUGCUUAGAUUGAGAAUUUUGUUAGAAAGGCGAAUCUGAAUUAAAUCGUGUUUUGGUCCGAGGUCGCUGCGCUCCCCUUGGAGAGCCGAGCCUAAGUGCAGGACUGUGUAUCUGUGCUUCGAGAUGUUUUCUUUCGGUGUAAUGCAUGCAGCGGUUACAGCCCAGUUACUUGUAGUACUUGGAUUGUGUUUGUUCAUAGAUACGCCCUGAAGACUAGAGAAUUAGUGUUACCUACCACAUAGAACUUAGUCAACCAGCUGUAAGCAGCCCGUUACACUGUUCCAUCCGUUACCGAGCUAUGGGAUUGGACGUCAGUGGUCUUUGCUGAGGACACAUUGGCUGGAUCUUAGCCACCUCAGAAGGGUUCUACUUGAAGUUGGUUGUUAUCAGAUAUGCAUAUUUAUAUCCCUCCCUCCAUAAUUACUCUGAGGGUGACUUUGUAAUUUACAAAAGGAUUUAGAAUCCUAAAAAAUAAACCUAAAAGCAAAUUUGUGAUUCAGAGGACAAACGGAAGCUGUCUGUUCAUUGUCUGUGCCUCAUACCCACUAAAACCUGUUUAGGGAAGACAGAAAGUCUGUUUCCUUUAAGCUCACUGAAUAGUUUCAGACAGAGGAAAAAUAACGCUUUUGUAUGGAUCCGUUAGUCAGGAGUAACCAGGAUCACCAGAAGCCAGUGCAUAGAAAGCUUAACUUAAGCAGCUUUAUAGCAACUUUUUUUUUUUUUUUUGGCCAAAAUAAUGCCUGUAGCAGCAGAGAUUAAAAUUCUCACGUGAACAAGCUAGACUGUCACUAUUCUGCAAUGGACAGUUUUACCAAGUACAGACUAUCAGGUUUGCACUCAACUAUGCCAAAAACAAGUUUGAAGCGCUCUACUCUCAGACAUGCUGUAUUACUUCUUCAAGAUUUAAAAAUACAAAGGUAUCCAAACUGCUGUCUUAAUGUAAAUGUAACUACUUUUCCUCCAAGUGUUGAAUAGGGAGUUGGUUUCUCUCUUUAAAACACUCACUGUACAACUGAGAGCAGCUGUCAUAGUUCCGGCAAAACGUGUUUACGUAUCCAAGCUGUUCUUGCGUGCGGACCGACAUAAAUGUGAACGCCUCCAAGUGUACAUGUAGUGGCGCGGUGUUCUGUCUCGAGGAUGUAACUAAAUGUUUUUAAUUUGCUGAUACACAGACACAGGCUGUUUACAAAAUGCUAGCUCAAAAGUCUGUAAUUUUCACUUUCAUGUAGUAACUUGGUUACUUGCCAUUGAACACCGAUGUGUUUCUAAGGUGGUGUGGUGGUGUAUUAUAAACUGGAGAGCUUCGUCCUAACCCUAUGGCCGUGUGAAUAGCCUGCUCAUUUGCUGGCCUCUGAAAUGUGUUCUCCGCAGUAAGCUGUCCGUGUUUGUGGUAACAGUGCUUGUCCACCGUGACCGCCAUCGAGCACCUUCCUCGUUUCCCCCUUGCACAGUGUUUGAAGUGGUGAAGGAUGUGCUUCAUUCUGACAGCGAGCUGAUGUGCUGAAUUGUGACUGUGCGUACUCGCCCUAGUUAGCUCUGUAGACCCUAGAGAACGACCUGUAAUAAAACAGCAAACUGGACUGUGCCUCAGGAGUGUAAAAUCACGGGAUUCCCAAGGCUGAAGUUCUGCUGUUUUGUUAUAAUGCUUGGUAUAUAUCUUGAAUAAAGUCUUAACAGUUUUCUUUUAAAAAA